AUGUGUGACUACAUAAAAAAUAACAAGAGUUCACAAGUGUACUGGUUAAAAGAAAAUUUAAAUGCUCUGAAUGUUAAAAUAACAAUAAAGUCCCAAAGAAAUAUAGCAUUGUUACCAAGUUUCGAACAUUAUGUUAACUUAUUAGAGGGUGAAAAUAUACCAAAUACUAUUAACAAUGAGGCUCAAGAAUUUACUUUUAAAUGGCAAGAGAAAGUUUUUAGUCAGCAUGACUAUCAAAAAUACAGUAAUAUCCAUAAUUGUAUCACAGAACUGGAUACUAAGUUAUACGAGAUGAUAGCAAACAAUGAUAAAACACCACAAAAAGUUUUUACUUAUAUACAUGAAGAAUUUGUACUACCAUUACCAGUAGUAGAUGUUUCUUUAAGUGAAGGACUGCUGAAUAUUAAUUCAUGUAUGCAAAAAGUAAAAUUAAAUGAUAAACUGGAGACUGUUGGUGGUAAAACUAUUUCAAGACAAAAUUUAUUUAAGAGCAAUGAUACUCUUUCUAAUGAAGAGGACUGCUGGGUUGCUAUGCAUAUAUUUUAUGAUAAUUCUGAAUAUGAUGAGGAGGUGAAUACAAUUUACAGGGAAGAAUGUCUCCUCUUAUCCCUAUUUUACCAUCCUGGGUAUAAUUACCUGAUGGUAUCGCCAGAUAUCAAUAUUUUAGACUCCUAUGUUGUAGAGGCAUCUUCAAGAAUGCUUGAUUUGGAAUAUUUGGUGGAUAUAGACUUCGGUCUGACAUGUUGUGGUGACGACCUGGUGGAAUUUCUUGCCCAAUUGUACAAGAAAUUAGAAGAGAAGAAGAAAGCAAUAAUUAAUUUUGCUAAACCAUCUCUUGGAAUCAGGAAAUGUUAUGUGUUCUUCGAAAUAGCGACGGCACAACAUUUUGAUAUGGAUAACAUAUACAUUGAAUACAAUAUUAAGAUUCCAGAUAACAUACAAUGUAAAAGCGAUCUUACGGGGAGGACCCAUGUCUCAAGAUCGCUUAGCGACGAAGACAUACAAGUGUGGACAUACGGACAUAAUAUUGACUUAGAACUAGAUGUGAAUACAGGCAUCGAUCAACCACACAUAAAGAUAUACUUCGAAGCAAUAUCGCAAGAUCGUUGGGGCCGACAGAGGACUGAGGGCUAUAGCUAUCUCACUCUGUUGCUUCAGCCCGGGUACUAUACCGACCAUCUGUCUUGCUCUCGCCCAGAGGAACUGAAUGAGAUAGACGCUGAGAGCCGGCGAUUCUUCGUCGGAGGUUGUAAUCUCAUUCACGAUAUGGAAGUGAUUGAGAAACCACAGUUAUAUGCAACCAACUUCAGAUUCGUGUCUACUGGAGCAAUAAAAGUUACUUGGACCACUAUGAUACAAUCUCAUUUCCCUGGCAGUCCGUCAACAGAAACCCUGUACCCUGGUGUUUCAUUACUGCAGGGCGCUGACGAUGUGUUAAAGCAGUAUAAACGAGCUAAGGCUACACUGGAUGCAGCCACUAGAAGUAUUAGUGAAUCUGACUCAGAUUAA